CUCUGCUCUGCUCUGCGGCCUGCUGCCUGCUGGUUGCGCUUCGUAUCAGUUAGUCAGUAACUUUUGCCGCCGUCGCUGCUGUUGUCAACGUCGUCGCACAAGCUCUGCCCCAGCCCUGCGUCCAAGGAACACGUAAGAAGAAAAGGAGGCACACCCCCGCUAAAGGCAGGCCAAAGAGCGGCCACGAAUCUCACCUGAAUUAAAUGUAUCGAAAGCAGAAUUACUUUUCGAUCUUGUCCCGUCAGUGGUUGCGCACUGCGCGGAAGUGCUGAUGUUUCUGCUUCUGCUUGUGCCAGGUGCCAUUGCCAGUUGCCCCGUCGCCUGUUGCCAUUGCCGUCGCGUCGCGUCGCGUCGCGUCACAUCGCCUCUUCUGCGGUGCCCUGCCUGCUGUCUGUCUCUGUGUCAGCGUUGGCCGCCGUUGCAGCUUCCUCAACAUCCGUGUUUGCAGUCGGCAGUCGGGAUCGGUAGUUUGAACGGAAACGUACGCAAAUCAAACGACUACGCUGCGUGAUGACCUUGUCCGUGAAUGUGUCUUGAACUCGGACUCGACUCGGGGUAUCCGUAAUACACCUCGUACUGAAUCAAGUGUCGCCUGACCUGUCAGUGUAUGCGUGCCAGCAAAGUUCGUUUUAUUGACACACGAAUUUUACAUUUCAUAAACCCAUAAAAUGUUUAUAAAUAAAAAGUAAAUAUUUGAACGCACUGCAGCGCAAGAUCAGAGGGAUAGAGAGAGAGAGAGAUAGAGAGCGACCGAGCGGCAGAGAGUGAGAGGCGUGAGGAGAGCAUUUCGCCAAGUUUAGUGUGCCCCAGACCCCAGUCUCUGUAGUUAUUCUGUCAGUGUGUGGGUAAUUGCUGAUCAAUUGUCAUGUGCCCCAAAAGAUCACACACCAACACAAGCACACUCUGAUGUACACUGUCGCGCAAACAAAAAACAUUAACAAUAGCAAAAGCAAAAGCAAUAGCAAAAGCAGAAGCAGCAACAACAAAAACACAUCAAUGGGAAGCGCAAAAUCAACCAAGUGAAACGGAAAUUUAGAAAAUAAACCCCAAAAGAUUGAAAACUUGACUGAAACAAUUCCGAUCCGAUCGAAUCGAAGCCCCAGUGGCCGUUGCCUGUCCGGAAACGAGUGACCCUCCUCCGAUAGAGUCAUUAGAGAACCGCCAUGAGAACAGUCUGAUCCGGAGACGAACAGAGCACCAGUACGGAGACAACACAGCACAUGCCGCCACGGCCCCUCGAGGAAUCCUUCCCGCCCAAACCCCCUCGCCGCAAACGACAGAUGCGGCCCGAACAGGAGCCGGGCCAUCACCCGGAGACCCAGACCCAGGCGGAGAACGAGGACGAGCAGCUGCUGCCCUCCACCAGCGUCAGCAAUAGCAACAGCAACAGCAAUGCCAACACCAGCGCCAGUAUCCGGAGCGACACCUACUCCAGCCUCCGCUAUACCCGUUCCAAUCUCAGCCGCAGCAGCCUUCUGCUGAGCCACCAGCAGAGCUCCUUCGAUGGCAGCGCCGCCACCACCACGGAGCGCACGGAGAGCAGCGAGACUCUGGACAUGCUUCCCCUGGGCAGAGGUCGCUCCCAGUUUCAUGCAGCAGGCAGGUGUAUGGGACAGAUGCCGAUGAAUGCGCCGAUGCGGGCGGGCCAGCCCUCGGCCCUGGCCAGUGCACUGCAUGCAACGGCGAAGCUGGCGGCCAGCGUAGAUGCAUAUACGGCGGCGGCGACGGCGACGACGGUUCCCUCUGGCCACCUACCGAUCACCGGACCCGGCGCCGACUACAGUAUGUGCGACUCGUGUCGCCCAUUGCGCUUCCACAGCCAGAACCCCGGCCAGAGCUGUCACAUCCACAGCAAUCUCGGCAGUCGACCCGUCCACUCGGGCCCGAGUAGUUACGUUGGAUCGUCGCGAUAUCUCUACCACAAUUUCAAUUCGAAUUCCCCACACGCGGGCUCGGGACGCUUCAACGCGCAGAGAGACAACUCUCUCCCACCUGCGGCAGGUCCGCCCCUGCCGUUACCGUUACCACUGCCGUUGCCGUCAGGGCUAGCAGCUUCCAUAUCACCGCCACCAUUUCAGUUUCGCACCUUCCAACAGAAUCAGUCUUACCGCUUUCAGCCGCGUCAGCACCGCACCGGCAGCAGCAGCAUGUCGCAAUCCGGCGAGGAUCUCCACUCGCCCACCUACCUCUCCUGGCGCAAGCUCCAGCUGAGCCGCGCCAAAUUGAAGGCCUCCAGCAAGACAUCGGCCCUACUCUCCGGCUUCGCCAUGGUGGCGAUGGUGGAGGUGCAGCUGGACCACGACACAAAGGUUCCGCCCGGCAUGCUAGUGGCGUUCGCGAUCUGCACCACUAUGCUGGUGGCCGUGCAUAUGCUGGCUUUGAUGAUUAGCACCUGCAUACUGCCGAACAUCGAGGUGGUGUGCAACCUGCACAGCAUCUCCCUGGUGCACGAGUCGCCGCACGAGCGCCUGCACUGGUACAUUGAGACGGCGUGGGCAUUUUCGACGCUGCUGGGGUUGAUCCUAUUCCUGCUGGAGAUAGCCAUACUGUGCUGGGUAAAGUUCUAUGAUCUGAGCCCGCCGGCGGCCUGGUCGGCCUGCGUGGUGCUGAUACCCGUGAUGAUUAUCUUCCUGGCUUUCGCCAUACACUUCUAUCGGUCUCUGGUGACGCACAAGUACGAGGUGACGGUCUCCGGCAUACGGGAGCUGGAGAUCCUCAAGGAGCAGAUGGAACAGGAUCACCUCGAGCACCAUAACAAUCAUAAUCGCAAUAACGGCAUCCACUACGGUGCCGCCGGCGACAUCGUUUAGCAGUAUCAAUCGCGCGAGGAUCCCACGAAGCAAUAAACCAUCUCGGCGAUCCUUCUCUGAAAACUUAACGAAAACGAAAAGAAAAGAAAAGACACUUGCGGCAGUGGGCCAGAGGCCUCGCCGUCAAUCCUCAGACUAAAUAAGUGAAUAUUUUGUAAAUUUGUAGUUGAUGCAAAUUGUGAUACGCAGAAGGCAGUAGAUUUUUAUUAUACAAAAACAGUAUGAGUACAUAUAUUCUAAAGGAUUGUGCCCCGAGCAAUGUUUCUUUAUGCUCAAGACCUUUACACAUCGUAACCCCUGUGUACUCAUCGCAUGCAAUGAUGAAAGACCCAAACUAAAGCAAUACUACUUUCAAGUUUAAACCACUGUGUUGACUAAAUAUUCCUCAAUAUUAGCUUGUAUAUUUGUUGUAACUAGUUGGCGCGCCCGCUAAUAUCUGUAUUGUAUUUUAGUGGUAUGCCAUCGCUCGCGAUGCCAGACCCAGACCUCAUCCAUAGCGCAGUCUUCCCUCGCCCACGUAGUGUGUAAGAACCCAAUAAUUCGAACCGAACCAGAUCGUGUUAGCCCAAAUUUUGAUAUUGAUAGGCGAAUAUGUAAGCGAAAUUGCGCUGUAAUUUAUACACGUACGAUUAAACGAUUUUUUUCUACCUAUA